UAGCCUGCUUUGUCUUUUGCCUCCCCUGAACCGCAUCACACGCUCUCUCCCGCCUGUCUCGUGCGUUACAGCAAACACAAUUCUCGUCCCAAAAGAUCGAGAAUUCCACCCUACAAUGCCCCCUCGUGACAGCACAGCUCUCGGCCCACACUACUACUACGAUCCGAUAGUGACCUGAGCGUCAAAACACAGAACACAGAGAAACCCGCGAGACUUAAGACACCAGAGAUAUUUGGCUUAUACACCAUCACAAACCCAAUCACAACACUUGACUUGAGGACUGAACACAGUCAUUGCAAUGGAGAGAGAACGAGUCAUCCUCCGCCCGAGGGCAGGGGGUUCCGUGCCCCCGGGGCCCGACGGCCAGCGCACCGGACAUCCGGCCGAAUGGCCUCAGCCUCAGCGGGAAGUUGAUCGUCAGCCGGUCCGCGAUGCUCAGCCCGAGCAGCCCAGAUCCAUUCUGCGGAAGACAGUCCGCCCACCGUCAACACGCCCACGGCGGAACUCCGACAGCUCUGUCACAUCGUCCUCCAUCACAUCGUCCCAGUUGCCCGCGUGCGGGAGCGACCCGGACACGGGAUUGCCUGCCCCCCAAUCGCCCGCUGCCCUGCCACCACCGCCGCCAGUAACAGCACCAACGACGCCAACGACACCAACGAGCAACCUGCCCAGGAAGGUUCUCAAGGCCAAGUUCCCCGGCAUUCCGGUCGAACGUCAAGCAGUCGUCAACCUGAGGCCCACCCGGUCAUCCUCGGGCAGCAUCACAUCCAGCUACCAUGUGCCUCCCGUUCGGACUGUCCUGGCCCCUCAAUAUGUGCCCGUAAACCGGCUACUGGAACGGCGUGACCGCCGCGAGUCGUUUGACCGCCAUGACCACCAUGACCGGCACUACUCGGACCCGGAUCCUGAGACCGAAUCCGUCUCGGAAACCUGCUCCGACCUCUCAUCCAGCACACAAGCAACAUCUGUAGUUUCAGCUACCUCGGACUACACCAUCAGCGAUGUCAGCGACAUGACAGCCAGCGAUGUAACACCCACCGACGCCAAGUCCAACACCAAGUCGACUCCUUCCGUCCACUUCACACCCAGCGUGGUCGGCUCCGACUCGACCUCAACUGUCAGUUCCAUCCCUCCUAUCCGCAAGGCCAAGCCACGGCAUCUUCAGGGAUCACCGCGGGCGAGGCCAACGUCCGAGGCGGAUCGGACUGUGGUCAAGAGCGGGAUCUCUCGCCCAUUCGAGGUCAAAAUCCUUCCUCUGACUACCGACACGCCUGAGUCUCGAUACACACGCGAGCUGGAGCGGUACAGCGAGAAGAUGGAGCGCAGCCUGAUGCUCAAGAUCGAGCAGCUCGAGGCCGAAAGAGAGACGCUGCGUGAGAAUGAGGCCAAGUUGAAGAGGGAGCUCGACCACAGCGCCUCGCUUCUUGUUGCCGCCGACAAGGAAAGGGCUUCCAUGGAGAAGACCACGGCAACCAUCGAGCGGGAGCGUGACUUUGAGCGCCGGAGCAGGGAGGAUGUCCUCGGCCAGCUACAAGUCCAGAAGGCUCAACUCGACGAGCUCCGCAGCAACUUCGAGCUGCAGAAGGGCAUGCUCGACGAGGUUGAGAAGGACCGGGAUGCCGAGCGCGCAACCAGGGUGGCUAUGCAAGUGAAGCUCGAGGCUACAAGGCAGGUCCUGGACGAGUACAAGUCGACCAUGGAGCUGCAGAAGAACAUGAUUGAGGAGGCCGAGAAGGAGCUCGCUGAGACUAAGUCGUCCCGGGACAAGGUGCAGGACCAGUUUGCCGCGCUCGAGACGGACUUCAAGAAGCUCCAAGAGGACCGCAAGCAGCACGAAGACCUCCUGGCGCACCAGAUCUCUGCCCUGGAGACCAGCAGGGACGCCCUCCAGGAGCAGCGCGACGCUAAGGACAAGGAGAUGGCCGACGUAGCUGCUGACCGCGACCGGCUGAAGGCGGAGAUUGAGGUCCUGACUAUGCGUGUCGCUGCCUUGGAUGACGAGGCGAAGGCAGCCGUGGAGAAGCAGCAGAAGAUCAAGGAGGUGGCUAAGGAGGAGGAGCAGAAGAUGAGAGAUGUCGCACAGGAGGAGAAGGCGGCUCUGCGCAAGGAGCUAGAGGAGGAACACCAAGCCGCGAAGACACGAGCGGGCGAAUUGGUGCUGGAGAAGGAGGAGCUUGAAAAGGCGAAGGCAGCCGUUGAGCAGGAAAAGGCCGAGGUCCAGGCCAAGCUCGAGACAGCCGAGGGAGAGAUUGCCACGCUCAAGUCUCAGGUCGAGGAUCUGACAGCUUCGGCAUCCGACCUCAACGCUAAGAUCACCUCUCUGGAGGAGGAGCUCGCGACUGCUAAGACCGAGGCGGCUGACCUCAAAACCCAGAUCGAGGGCCUCCAGUCCGACAAGGCCGGCUUGCAGAAGCAGGUUGAAGAUCUCAGCGCGGAAAAGAGCAGUCUGCAGGCCCAGCUUCACACGCUCAGCACCGACCUGGCAGGCGCCAAGGCUGCCAAUGUGUCGCUUGCGAGCCAGAAGCUUGACGUGGCGGGCGAGAUGGCCGGAAUCAAGGGCGCGCUCGAUGCGGCUAAGACCGAGAUCGACCGGCUUGCUGGGGAGAAGGCUGCGGCCCAGGCCGAGGCAGACAAGGUUGUCGGUCUCGAGGGUGUGAAGGCCGAGCUUGCUGCUAAGAUUGUUGAGCUGGAGGCCAAGACCUCGGAGCUUCAGGGCAAGAUCGCCGAGCUCCAGGGCGAGGCGGACAGAAUCCCUGCGUUAUCGGGCGACAAAGCGGCCGCGGAAGACAAGAUAUCGCAGCUUGAGGACAAGACGGCCGACCUCGAGGCUAAGCUCGCCAGCGCACAAGCCGAGGCGGACAGGCUGCCUGGUCUUGAGGCAGAGAAGGCGGAAUUGGAGGGCAAGAUCUCGGAGCUGGAUGCCAAAAUCGCGGACCUCCAGGCCGAGCUCUCCAAGGACCCCGACGCAGCGGCCGCAGCACUCCGAGCUGAGCUGGAAGCCAAGACCCAGGAGAUCAGGCGGCGUGUCGACGAGAUCAACGCGCUCUCCCAAGGCAACACAAACCUCUCGGUCCAGCUGGGCGCCACCCAGCAACAGCUCAACACGGUCCAGCAGUCUCUCGAGAGUGUCACGCAGUCCUACAACGCCGCCGCCGGCCAGGUCAUCGAGCUGCAACACCGCGUGGAACAGCUCGCGUCCGUCUCGGGCUCCCGGCGGGCCAGCCGCUCGCGCAACUCUUCGUCCCGCACGUCCUCACCGAAGAACAAGGAACGCGACCACAGCAGCAGCGGGAGCAAGAAGGACAAGCAGCUCGUGGUUGUGCGGAACCCCGCCGACAGAAAGGGCGCACUGCAUUUCCUCCGGCGGUGCGGCCUACGAAACCUUGCCUUGGCGGCGACCAGGAGGCGCUAAUCGACUCCGCGCCUCUUCUGACGGUUUAAUUGCGUCUCUCUCAGCGACGUAUCUAUCCACCUCUUCGGCCCAGGACGGACCGGAACUAAACAACGCCAUCAGCUGGGCAAUCUUUGGGCCUUUUUUACAUUGGGGAAGAAGGAUACCAACCUCGACCCUUUCGACAUUCGGGACGAGGGAUACCAAAAUGGGGAGGAUUUUGUGCUUCGCGCUGGAUCACUGUGUUUCUCUGGCAUCUGUUUUUGGGUUUUGUUGUGUGUUUUUUACUGCAUGUUUUGGUUCAGUUUUGUUGUCUGUUUUUCCUCUCGAAGCACUUGUCUACCCCCUAAUCCCUUGCCCAGCCGCUCCUUCUCAGCUUUCUUUCCUUUGUUUUGAACUUGGUGGUGCGCUGUCACAAAAUAUUUCCCAGUUUGGAGUUAUUGUGGAUACACGUCUGUUUUGCUUGUUUGGUUGGUUUAGGU